CAUCAAUCCGAUAAGUGUUAGUCGAGUGGUUUAAUUUCAUUUGAUGCUGUCCGCUAUUGGCUGUUCGGAUCACUUUGUGCAAAAAUGAAAAGCCUGGGUUUGUGCGCCGCCCUGCUGCUGGUCUGUGUGGCUGAGUGCUGGGCAGGGUGUGCUCAGCUGGUGACUGACUUUUCGCAAGCCAGCUGCAUUAACAAGACGAAACACAGCUCUGAAGAUUCGUUCUAUUAUGGCCUGGACGUCAGCAACUGCGUUCCCACAUGCUACAAGUACUCCGAUGUCGUUGAUCAACCUUGCGGGUCCGGGGGACAAUGCGUGCCUGGGUACAGUUGCCAGAAACGAUGCGGGCCGGAUGAUGAUCUGAAAACGAUCAGUUGCAACAGCGACCAGGACUGCGCCACUGCUGAUGGUCAGCUCAAAACGUGCGGCUCCUAUUGUGUAGCUGAUGGCAAAGCUUCCUGCAUGGCCUACCACAUCAACAACAGCGACUACCAGGACAGCUACUGGUCAGCGAUCAGGUUCAAGCCCGCCUGCAACAAUGACGGCACUUGGCAGGCGAAACAGUGCAAGGGCGGAGUUAAUGGACGAUGCAUGUGCUUCGAUAGCAAUGGAGGUCGAAUCUUUGGCGAGGCCUUGGCUAAAAGCGCCGCCAAUAUGACAUGCGCAUGCAGCCGACGCAACGCCGAUCUGCAGCUGACGCGGCUUACUAGUUUCCAUUGCGACAGCUUGGGCAACUAUGAGCCGCUGCAGUGCGACCUGGAAAGCGACCAGUGCUGGUGCAUGGAGCCUCUUACUGGGGCGCUGGUUUCCAAAGUGGUGCCGUUCAAAGCCCUCAGCCUCCUGCCCUGCUAUUCAGAGGACGCGUUUGGCAGCCAGUACUUGAGACAGUGCGAAAGCAAAAAGUACGCCCAAACCAAGAUCAAGGACAAGCUUAAUCGACAUGGCGUGGUUUACUUGACGCAGGACCGUCUGAUGUGCGACAUCGAUGGCAGCUUCGGCGCCUACACAAUCGAAAAUGACAGUAUCUACUGCACAUGGAGGAACAACAGCAAAAUUGGCUCCUGGCAAACGGGCAUCCAAUACAUCGCCAGUGUGGAUUGUAAUUGUGCCCGGGACUAUUUCAAGUAUGGGCAGAGCCAAAACUGCCAGUCCAACGGCAAUUACAAGGCUCUGCAGAGCUCGGACAGCUACUGGUACUGCGUCGACGCGGACGGUUUUGCCAAAACCUUUAACAUCAUCAACGUAGAUGAGACCACUUCUGAUUCGUACUGUGCACAGUACUACUAAAACAUAUUGUACCGUGGAUGGCCGAGUAUCAAACUCUUUCUUCAG